AUGGCUCUGCCUGAGCAGUCCAAUAAUGCCGCCUCGAUGGUCAUAGGAAGCAAGCAGGCUGCAGCGCCGCUGGUCGCGGGCUAUGAGAACGGCACUGUGCAAGGGAAUCAUGCUUCUGGACACGGGGAUGCAGCUGCCGCGCAGCAAAUUGCAGACCUCAAGGCAGAGUUGGCCUCUGAGCGGCAGAGGCAUGCAACCGAGCUUCAACACCUCAGGGAGGCCUUGCAUGAGAGGGAUGCUGCUCUCAGCAGCCACACGGACAAGGCCGGCAGAACCGCCGAGCAACUGCAGGCUGUGCUGCAAGCGCGCGAGGACGAGAUAGGGCAGCUGCAUGCUCAGUUGAAAGACCUGCAGUCCUCAGCCGACCAGCAAGCGGCCGCAGCCUCGGAGUGGCAGAGCAGCAAGUCCCGCCUUGAGGAACAGGUGCAGCACUUGGCGCAGCAGGUGGCGGAUCUGCAGGACGAUGCGGACAGCCGCGCGGAUGCGCACAACGAGCGGAUAGCGGCGCUGCAGGCGACCAUAGAGCGGCUGAGCGGUGAAGCGGAGCGCGAGGGUGACGAACGUGCGCGCGAGCUGGAGGCCACCAUCCAGGUCCUGGAGGAGCAGGUGGCUGAGUUGGAUGCAGCCAACCUGCAGCUGGAGGACGCCAACACCCGCCUGGAGGCCCUGGCAUCAGCGGCUGAUGAGGAGAAGGCAGCGCUCCUGCAGCAGCUUGAGAUUUUGCAACGUGAUCAUGAAGCCUUGAAAUGCCAGGUGGCAGCUGCACAGGACUCACAACAGACGGCGGACAAGCUGGCAGCAGACAUUCUGGCAAAGGAGGGCGAGGUGGAUCAGCUCAAUAAGCUCAACAAUAGUCUCAAGGCGUCGGUGGUGGAAGCCGGUGAGCAGCGCGACGAGGCGCUGCAGCAGGCGGAGCAGCAGCGCGCGCAGCUGGGCGUGGUGUUGGAGUCGCAGGCGCGAUUGGCGCAGCAGGUGGACGCCCUCACCCAGGAGCUGCAGCAGGCGCGCGACGACGCACAAUCGCGCGGCAGCAGCGCCGAGCAGCUGGCGGCAGCGCAGGCGCAGGCACAGUCACUGCAGGGCAAGCUGGAGCAGGCGCGCACCGACAGAGAGGGGCUGGCCCGGCAGCUGGAGGAAGCCCAGGAGACGCUGUACGAGCAGGUCGCGGAAUUGAAGGAGCACAACUACGUCCUCGGCGAGCGGUUGGAGGCAGCGCAAGUGGCCGCGGCCGCCUCGGGUGGCCUGCAGGGCCAGCUGAGCGAGCUGGAGGCCCGCCUGGCGGAGAGGGACACCCAGAUCGCUGCGGCCAAUGCGCGCAUUGCUGAGCUGGCGGCGGCUGCCGAGCGGGCCGAGGCGGCUGGCGCGGCGCUGGCCGCCAAGGAGGAGGAGCUGAGGAGCAUGCAGCAGCGCGUUGCAGAGCUUGAGGCGCAGGUGGCGGCCCCCGCCGACCGCGAAGCGCACGAGCAGGAGCUCAGGGCCGUGCAGACCCGCAUCGAGGAGAUUGAGAGGAGCGCGGCGGCGCGCGAGGCGCAGGCGGCAGCUGAGAUUGAGGAGCUGCGGCGGCAGCUGGAGGGCGCUGGCCAUGAGCUGGACGAGUGGCGGGGGCAGGUGGCCGCCGCCGCCGAGCAGGCACAGCAGCUGCAGAGCCAGCUGCAGGAGCGCACAGAGCGCCUCACAGGCGCAGAGGCGGCGCUGGCACAACGGGGCGAAGAGCUUGGGGCCCUGCGGGAGCAGCUGGCGAGUGGAGCCAGCACGUCGGACGCGCUCAAGGCGGCCACAGACAGGGCAGAGCAGAUGGCACAGCAGCUGCAGGCGCUGGAGACCAAGAUUCGAGAGCAGUCAUCCAGGGCUGCAGAAGUCGUCAAGGAGCUGAGUGCAGGAGAUGCGUCAGCUGAGAAUUUUACUCGGGUGCAGGAGAAGGACAGCUACCUGAAGGAACUCGAGGAGCUGGUGCCGCAGUUUGAGUCGGUGAUGGCCGAAAAGGAACGCUUCUCAGGGAGAACCUCUGCGCUGGAGGUGGAUCUCAAGGACGUCCGCUCGCAGCAGCAGCAGCUGCAGGCAUCCCUGCGGCGCGCUCAGGAGGAUGCGGCCCGGUUGGCAGCCUCGGAGGAAGGCGCCAGGGAAGCUGCGGGGGAGCUGCGCAGGGAGCUGCAGACGCUGCAGGACCGCCUCCUCCGCGCCCAGCAGCAGCGGGACGAGGCCGUGAAGCAGGUGGACGCCAUCACCGCUCGGGCCAGUCAGGCGGAGGCCGCAGUCAGCAGGCUGCAGGCGCAGGAAGGCAAGCAGGCCGACGUGUCUGCACAGCUCUCCGUUCUGCUGCAGCAGAACAAGGAGCUCACUGCACAGCUGCAUGCUGUCACGGAGCAGACCUCACAGGCGACACAGCAGCUUGAUGAGCAGAAGAGCAUCGCAGAGGGCAUGGCCUCAGAGCUGCAGAGCGGGCGGCAGCAGCUGGCAGCACUCCGCGCAGAGAAUGGAGCCCUGAAGCAGCAGAAGACCCAGUCCGGCCAGAAGGACAAGAAGGUCACCGAGGAGAAACUGGCUGCUGCUGAGGCUGGCACGGUGCUGAGGGUCUUUGCUUGUGGCGUGCACCAGGCAACAGCAAAGGCGGCCGAGGAUGAGGUGGCUGCUGUGAGGAAGGCAAUGCAGGAGGAGCAGGAGCAGCUGCGCGCGCAAGUGGAGGAGUCCAGCACUGUGGUGGGCCAGUGGAGCGAAGCCUACCAGAGCUUGCAGGCUCAGUACGAAGCUGCUCAGGCGGCGUACACAGAGCUGCAACAGCGCUGUAGCUCUCUGACGAGCGAGGUGGAGAGGAUGCGCGAGUCUGCAUCGCGCUCACCCGGCAUGUCCAAUGGGCCGCGCUCGGUGGAGGGCGCAGCGGGAGGGGACGCCUCAGCGCGCCUGCGCCAGAUGCACGACCAGCUCGCCCAGCAGGAGGUGCAGCUGACCAGCACCCGCGCUGAGAAUCAGGCGCUGCGGAACGAGGUGGAGGCUCAGCGCAAGCGCGCGGCGGACGUUGAGGAGAUGGCGGCGGCGGUGCGGCGGGACUCGUUGUCGCACGGCGCGGCCGCCAACAAGAAGGACGAGGACGCCUACGAUGUGGAGGCCGGGGGGCCCUCCGCAGGGAAUGCCGCCACAGCCAAGCCCAUCGCCGGCCUCGUGCGCAAGGCGCCGCCGCCCUUCAACCACCUGGUGAUAGUCAACGCCGCUCGCCGCGUGGACCGCGCCGUGGCCGCCCUGGACAAGCGGCCCGGCGCGCGCGCGGGUCUGAUGCUGUACAUCCUCCUUCUGCACUUCUACGUGCUGCUCUGGUGA